UCCCAGACUCUGUCUCCCGGCGCACGAGGCUUUCGCUCUCAUUUCCCUGGUGAGCCGGUCUAGGAUGUGGCCAGGACCCACGGGGCUGCUCCUUCUCCUGCCCUUGGCAGUGCUAUGGCUUCUCCCGUGGCCAUGGCAGGCGCUGUGGCUGGCACCUGCCUUCGUUCUGUGGCUUCCUCGAUGGCUCCCCGAUGGCUUGGCCCGUCGCUUCCCGGCCUGGGUCCGCUGGCUGCCGGAGGACCUGUCCUACAUCGGCCGCCUCCUGCACUUCACUCUGGUCCAGAAGCGGAUGUACAAGAGCUUUGUGGAUGUACUCGAGACCCGGGCCAGGGCUGAGCCGGACCGCCUGAUGGUGGUGGACGCAGCCUCGGGCCGCCAGGUGAGCCUGGGGGAGAUGGAGCGCCGGAGCUGCCAAGUGGCCCGGGCCCUGGGGGCGGCCCUCCAGGGGUCUGUGGGGCUGAAGGAAGGAGACGUGGCUGCCCUGUUCUUCGGCGGGCCACAGGGCAUCUCUGCCAUCACUCUCUGGUUCGGCCUCGGCAAGCUGGGCUGCCAGGUGGCCUGGAUCAACUGUCACAUCCGCGGGGCCCCCCUGCAGCAUGCCGUGCUCAGCUCAGGAUGCUGCGUCCUGGUGGCUGACCCAGAGCUCCAGGAGGCUGUGGAAACUGUUUUACCGGAACUGAUGGCCAAGGGCAUUCGGUGCUUCUACCUGAGCUCUACAUCACCCACGAGGGGUGUGGAGCCCCUAAAGGACCUCCUAGAGGCAGCCUCCUCAGAUCCAGUGCCCCCCCAGAUUCGAGCUGGAGUCACCCCAAAAAGUCGGUGCAUGUUUAUCUACACUUCUGGGACCACUGGGUUACCCAAGCCGGUGAUUUUUACCCAUGACCGGAUGCUAUUGCUAGCGGGAGGCUUGAAAAUGUGUGGGGCCCAGAAGAGUGAUACCUUUUAUGUAACUCUGCCCCUAUACCAUGCUGCUGCCUUGGUGGUGGGUGUCAUAGGCUCCUUACAUCUGGGGUGCACCCUAAUCCUGGCCCCAAAGUUCUCAGCCUCCAAUUUCUGGAAUGACUGCCGGAAGUAUCAGGUGACGGUCAUUCAGUACAUCGGUGAACUCCUUCGCUACCUCUGCAGCACACCCAAGCAACCUUGUGACCGGGAGCACCGCGUUCGCCUGGCUAUUGGCAACGGGCUUCGGGCAGAAGUUUGGACCCAGUUCCAGGAGCGCUUUGGGCCCAUUCAAAUCUGCGAAGCCUAUGGCUCCACAGAGGGGAAUUUUGGCCUCAUUAACUACCCCGGACGUGUGGGGGCCGUAGGCAAGAGCAGCUUUCUGCUUCAGUUGCUUUGUCCGCAUGAGCUCAUCCGGUUUGAUAUAGAGACUGAGAAGCCCAUCCGGGACAACGAAGGACGCUGCAUCCCAGUGGAGCCUGGAGAAAGGGGGCUCCUGGUAUCGCGUGUCACCAAGUACAAUCCCUUCCUGGGCUACCUUGGACCGCAGCAGCACACAGAGAAGAAGCUGCUCCGGGACGUUCUGUGCCCAGGGGACGUUUACUUCAAUUCGGGGGACUUACUGUCCAGGGACUCAGAUGACUUCUACUACUUCCACGACCGCAUUGGGGACACAUUUCGCUGGAAGGGAGAGAAUGUGUCGACACGGGAAGUGGAGGGUGUUUUGUCCUUGGUGGACUUCCUGGAGGAGGUGAAUGUCUACGGUGUUCCAGUACCCGGUUGUGAGGGAAAGGCUGGGAUGGCAGCCGUGCGACUGAGUCCUGGAAAAACAUUCGAUGGCCAGAAACUACAUGGCUUCAUUCAGAAGGAGCUCCCCGCCUAUGCUGUCCCACGCUUCAUUCGGAUCCGGGACUUUCUGGCAAGUACAGCCACGUUUAAGCUCUCUAAACUUCAACUGGUUCAGGAGGGUUUUGACUUGAGAAUAAUUCCGGACCCCCUAUAUGUUCUGGACAACAAAUCCGGAACCUUCCAGCCACUGACCCCAGAACUGCAUCGUGCCAUCUUGGAUGGAAGCAUCCGGCUGUGACUCCUGACUCUAAAACCCAAGGCAUUCCCAUUCACCCUGACCCAAAGCUUCCAACUCCAGGCCAUCCAGCUUUCGGCAUCCACCCUACUUCAUCCAUACCUCAGACACUCUCUGUGUGGUGUCAGGGAGGCAGGGAAGGGAACAAGGAAUCCUUCCGUAUUUUCUUGGCAAGAAGGUCAAAGAUAA